GAAGUUCAAGCCUCUGAAGAGCUCGCUUCGAACACUGAAUCUCUUGCUUAUAAAGCAAGCUCUCUAACCAAUGCGCCACAGCCGCACAAGAUUAGAGUUAGAGCUAGGGAUAGGUUUUACCUGAUUUGGUUCGUUAAUUAUCAAUCUGAUUUGGUUCAUUAUAUUUUGAAAAAUUUAAACAAAGUAACACUGAAGGUGAUCAUGAUAACUAAUUUUACUGAAGUCUCUACAUCUAGACCUUCAACCAUUGAAAACAUAACUUCACAACAGCUUCUAAUUACCGCAUUUACGCUAAUAUUAAUUACAGGAGUAGUUGGAAAUGCUUUUGUCAUUUAUACAUUUGGGGUUAAAAUCAAGUCAAAUCACCGUUCAACAACAGAGUUGCUAACUCUUUAUUUGGGGAUAAUAGAUUUACUGUCUUCGUUUCUUAACCCAUCUUUUUUUAUAUAUAUAACAAUAAUUGGUUAUCGUCGAUGGCAUUUUGGUAAAAUUGGUUGUCAAAUUAUUCCAUCUCUUGGUCCAAUAAUGACAUCCAUUUCAUCUGGUUUGCUCCUUAUAUUUGCAAUCGAUCGAUAUUUAGCAGUGGUGACUCCAUUUCGUCAAAAGUUAACACACAAGAAAGUAACUAUAGCCUUUAUUAUAGACAUUUUUUUGUCAAUCAUUGUUUAUUCCCACUACGCUUUUGCACUAAACUUUGAUCCAAAAUCAAAUAUAUGCAUUUUUCCAGAUGCAUCUGUAUAUAGUUUUGGAAUACCAAACUGCGUUAUUAUAAUUUUACGUUUGUCUAUAUUUGCAACGGUAUUUAGUUUUACUAACAUAAAAAUAUUUCAAGUUUUAAAAAAAUGCAACGUAAAUUUAACACGCAAAGAAAAUCAAGAAGAACGUUUUCAAAAGUUAAAAAAAAUAAUGAUUAUUUUACUUACAAUGGGAGUGGUAUUUAUUUUGCUCGUUUUCCCAAGAGAGUUGUUUUAUUUGUAUUACAACAUAUUAUGUUUUAAAACAAAAAAUUGCAAAGAGUCGUCUGAUACUUUAAGAGAAAUAAAUUCUUGGCUAAAAGUUGCUCAUACAGCGAAUAGCUGUGCUAAUGUAUUUAUUUAUUCACACAUGCUAACUGUAUACCGAAAACAAGUAUUUCGAACAUUUUCGAACUUAAGAAAACUCAAGAAAGUCUUUUCUCGUAAAACAUUUUCAGCUUUCCCAAAGUCAUUUAUAAACAAAAGAAGGCGGUAUUUGCCAUGCAAUUAUAAACAACAAUAUACAAAAGUACUUUUGAUACCCGAUGAAGAUUUCAAAGAUUCAAGUGAAGUUAUAUUUUUUCAAAGAGCUCAACAGUGGAAAUUUAAAAAAAUUAUUGUUUAAAAAGUAAAUAAAUAAAAGGUUUUCACAACAUAUAGUAAUUGUUAAAAUAUAGUUAAAACACAGGUACCUUAGGUAACAAACGGUAGAUUUUUGUUUUUGUAAAUGUUGUAAAAAUAUUAUAAUUAUCGGUUUUAAUUAAGGUGGUUUUCCAAAGCAGGUGUUUAGAACAAAAAAACAGUAUGUUUAUUAUAAAUUUCUAAUAUCAUCAUAAUGAUCAU